AUGACAUUCGGUGCACCUUCCCAUCGUAUCGAGUCCCAACUCGCCGCGACAUCCCUCGUCCUAGAGAUCGAUGCUCAAUUCAUUCAUCUCCCUUCCAUCGUUAUCGCCUCUUUUGGGGAUAUCGAUGCGCACACCUCAGAAACCCACUUCGUCAAAGCACCUUCAGGUCUCGAACUCGGCAAACUUCACAAAGUUCAUCAGAUAUACCGUGAGGUGGUACAUGAUGAAAUUGAUGCUGCUGAGGGAACACGAAGGAUUCAGGAUUUACUCAAACAACCUACUCUGUAUAAUUUAUGGCAGAGGAUGAUCCUCGCUUUCCUGUGUAGUGGUCUGAUCGCUCCCAUGGGGUUCGGUGGAAGUAUUAUUGAUGGUUGUGCCAGUGGGACAUUAGGGAUUUUGUUGAGUUUCAUGCAGUUGCAUGUGGCUAGUAAGAGUGCCAUGUAUUCAAACAUAUUCGAAAUCAGUAUCGCUAUAAUCAUCAGUUUCACCGCUCGAGGGUUAUCUACCACGGGUUAUUUCUGCUAUCAAGCUGUGGCUUCUGCAGGAGUGGUCUUGAUUCUUCCUGGGUAUACCAUUUUGUGCGGAUCGCUUGAAUUGGCAAGUAAGAAUAUCGUACCUGGUUCUGUCCGGAUGGUAUAUGCCAUCAUUUAUUCUUUGUUCUUGGGCUUCGGUAUAACGAUUGGUUCCGACCUUUUCUACGUAUUCGAUCGUCCAGCCCGUUCUAUCAUUUGUGUUCGUAAUCCUGAUUGGCCUUGGUGGAGACAGGGUAUGCCCGUUUAUUUCUUAUUCUUCAUGGUUCCUAUAUUCAGCGUCUUGUUGAGUUUAUGGAACAUGCAACCUUUGAGGAGUAAACAAUUACCUGUAAUGUGUGUGAUUAGUUGUGCUGGAUAUCUGGCGAAUACUUUGGCGAAUCAUUAUAUCUUCGACAGGAGUGAUGUUGUUAGUGCUAUUGGAGCUUUUGUCGUAGGAAUCCUUGGUAAUAUAUAUUCACGAAUGUUUGGAGGGACAGCAUUCACAUCCAUGGUUACUGGUGUACUUUUUCUCGUACCCUCGGGUAUCUCAGCUGCUGGAGGUCUAGCAAUGUCCAAUAACGCUCGACAUAACGCCUCUUAUUCUCAAGGUUUAAUGAUCGGAUUCCGAAUGGUUCAAGUCGGUAUUGGAAUCACUGUCGGUUUAUUCGCUUCUGGUCUUUUGAUAUAUUCUUUCGGUAGGAAGAAGGGUGCUGCUUUGUUUGCAUUUUAA